UAUUCAGCUUGGAGCCUUGGAGUGAUAAACCGAUAAACCCUUUCUUCUUCCUUUCUCUCCUUCUCAUAACACAAAUGGAGAAAAGUUGCAUAUGGAUGAGGCGUAUUGUAGUGGGAAUUAAUCCUCUGCCUCUCACUCAUACACUCUCUUCAAUUUCCACCGUUAAAUCUCCAUCAUCAUCAGUUAUAAUAUCUUUCUUCUCACGCCAUAAACGCCGGCUUUCUCUUUCCGCCACCGCUUCUUCUGCGUCAUUUCCUCUCCAUCACACCGACCAUGAAUCCUCCAACCACUUCAUUUCCGGAGCUGCUGAUGUUAAACCCAAUGAAGAAAAACCAAAAACUAUGCUCAAGGGAUUGAGAUAUGACGAGCUCGAAAAAUGGGUUCAAUCACAUGGUUAUAGGCCUGGUCAGGCGAUGAUGUUGUGGAAACGUCUCUACGGUAACAACAUCUGGGCUGAAUCUUGUGAUGAUCUGGAAGGUCUGAACAAGGAUUUGAGAAAAAUGUUAAGUGCCCAUGCAGAGUUUAGGGCAUUGUCUCUGAAAGAAAUUCGUUCUGCAUCUGAUGGAACUAAAAAGAUAUUAUUCACAUUGGAGGACGGACUGGUGAUUGAAACAGUUAUUAUCCCUUGUGAUAGAGGAAGAAAUACAGUGUGUGUUUCAAGUCAAGUGGGCUGUGCCAUGAAUUGUCAGUUUUGCUUUACUGGAAGGAUGGGAUUAACAAGACACCUAACUGCUGCUGAGAUUGUGGAACAAGCCGUUUUUGCUCGGCGAUUGUUCACAAAAGAAGUUGGGUCAAUUUCCAAUGUUGUCUUCAUGGGAAUGGGAGAACCACUUCAGAAUAUUGACAAUGUAGUUAAAGCAGCAGAUAUAAUGGUGGAGGAACAAGGGCUCCAUUUCAGUCCGCGGAAGGUUACUAUUUCGACCAGUGGACUGGUCCCUCAAUUGAAACGAUUUCUUCAUGAAUCCAAUUGUUGUCUUGCUGUUAGUUUGAAUGCUACAACUGAUGAGGUGAGAAACUGGAUCAUGCCAAUAAACCGGAAGUAUAACUUGGAACUACUACUUGGAACGCUUAGGGAGGAAUUGCGACAUAAACAUAAUUUCAAAGUUUUAUUUGAAUAUGUGAUGCUUGCGGGCGUGAAUGACAGCGUGGAGGACGCAAAGAGGCUUAUUGAUCUUGUUCAAGACAUUCCAUGCAAGAUUAAUCUCAUCCAAUUUAAUCCUCAUAGUGGGUCACGCUUCAAGCCAACUAAAGACGAGAAGAUGAUUGAGUUCCGGAAUGUUCUGGCAGCUGGUGGUUGCAGGGUGUUCUUACGCUUCAGUAGGGGUGAUGAUCAGAUGGCUGCAUGUGGCCAACUCGGGAAACCCGGGGACUUUCAGGCUCCUCUGCUUCGAGUCCCUCCUCAGUUUGAGAAGGACAAUGGUGAAAAUGUGGAAUUCCAUGGGGAUUUCCUUCCACAAGAAAAGCUAUUGACGACACUUUUGGAUGUUAACUACUCACCGAAUAUUCGUUGGUUGUCUGCUAUUUAUUUUUUUCAACACGUGCUGAUUUUCUUAAGCUUGGAAGCUAGAAAUCUAUCGCCAUAAAUGAUAAGCUUGUAGUUGUCGGCCUUGUGGCCUUGUUUGGUUGCCUUGAAGCCUUGUUUGUGGUCAUUGAGUGAUUCAUAGUUCCAUACAAUAUGACAAUCUGCCUUAGAACUUUUGGUCUGUUGAAUGUUGAUACUCAAUUACUCAUUCCGUUCCAUUUUAAUCUGCACAAGUGUUACGUUCCUUCCAUGAAAGUCUCAAAUUUGAGUAGUUUCCUUAAGAAGAGUUCUGACUUGCUUUUUAUUUUUAU